AUGAGCUGCAUCACCCUCCCCACUGUGCUGCCCGGCUCCCCCAGCAAAAUCCGCGGUCAGGUCCAGGUGAUCCUCGGGCCCAUGUUCUCAGGGAAAAGCACAGAGCUGAUGCGACGCGUCCGGCGUUUCCAGGUUGCCCAGUACAAGUGCCUGGUGAUCAAGUACGCCAAGGACACUCGCUACGGAUCAGGCCUCUCCACUCAUGACAGGAACACCAUGGAGGCUUUGCCGGCCUGCCUGCUCCGGGACGUGGCCCAGGAUGCCCUGGGCGUAGCGGUCAUAGGCAUCGACGAGGGACAGUUUUUCCCUGACAUCGUGGAGUUCAGUGAGACUAUGGCCAAUGCCGGGAAGACUGUGAUCGUGGCUGCCCUGGAUGGAACCUUCCAGAGGAAGGCGUUUGGGAACAUCCUGAACCUGGUGCCGCUGGCCGAGAGCGUGGUGAAGCUGACAGCCGUGUGCAUGGAGUGCUACCGAGAGGCUUCCUACACCAAGAGACUGGGGGCUGAAAAAGAGGUGGAGGUGAUAGGCGGAGCAGACAAGUACCACUCAGUGUGUCGCCUCUGCUACUUCAAGAAGGCGCCCUGCCCGUCACCAGGACUAGACAACAAGGAGAACUGCCCAGUGCUGGCAAGGCCGGGCGAGGUGGCCGGCGUGCGCAAGCUCUUUGCCCCUCAGCAGGUCCUGCAGUGCAGCUCUGCCCACUAA